CUAGCACAGCAGCCUCCUCAUCUCUCACCAGCCCCAAGCACCUAAGCUCUAACCCCUAUCUUCACCCAACACCCACCCAAACCGCCCAGCCAAAAUGAAAGCCUCCUUCUUCACCCUCCUCACCAUCGCCGCCUCGGCCCUCGCCACCCCCCUCCUCGCCCCCCGCCAACUCGAAUCCCAAGCCGCCCAGCUCGACCAGCUAACCGAGCUCGUCAGAGCGCACACCGCCAACAUCAACGCAACAACCACCGCCGUCCAGGACAACCCCACCAUCGACCAACAAAACGAAGCGGCAGCCGCCCUGGCGCCCGACUUCGACGCCAUCACCGCGGCGCUGACGUCUGCCACCACGACGCUUGCCAAGCGCGCGUGGGCGGCCACUCGCGGCGACGAUGAUGAUGAUGGUCACGACGGCGGCGACGGCUGCCCGGAGGACUGCCUGCUGGUCAAGAUCCAGGUGCUGGUGUGGGAGGUGGGGUGCACGCUGAGGUUUGUGAUUGUUAAGCUGGGGCUUGCUUGUGUGCUGGGUUAUUUGAAGCCGUUGUUGCUUGCGCUGGUCGGGCUCGUCAAGGCGUUAGAUAAGGUCGUGCUGGGGGCUUUGGUGCUCGUUAAGUCGCUAUUGCAUACUGUGUUGGGUGCGGUGGCGGCGGCGCUGCUGGAGCUUGUCUUUGUUUGA